AUGGGAAAAUCAUCAAAAGAUAAACGCGAUAUUUUUUAUCGAUUAGCAAAAGAACAAGGAUGGCGUGCACGUAGUGCUUUUAAACUUUUAGAGAUUGACGAUGAAUUUCAUGUGUUAAAAGAAGUUAAACGUGCGGUUGAUUUAUGUGCUGCGCCUGGAAGUUGGUCACAGGUUUUAGUAAAGAGACUCAGUGAAAACUCGAAUUAUGCCGACAUUGAUAAUGAUAGUAGCAAAAAAUCAUCAUCUCCACCAAAAAUUGUCGCCGCGCCACUAGAAAAUGUAAUUCAAAUAAAAGGCGACAUAACCAAACAAUCAACAGUAGAACAAAUACUUGGAUAUUUCGAGGGCGAAUCUGCGGAUAUUGUAGUAUGUGAUGGGGCACCAGAUGUAAUCGGACUACAUGAUUUCGACGAAUACAUUCAAGCACAACUAGUGCUUGCCGCACUAAACAUUACUACACACAUCUUACGUCCUGGUGGCACAUUAAUCGCAAAGAUUUUUCGUGGGAAGGACGUAACAUUGUUGUAUGCUCGGUUAUUAAGGUUUUUUGAGCGCGUUACGUGUGCUAAACCGAGAAGUUCUAGAAAUUCGAGUAUCGAAGCAUUCGUGGUUUGCCAGAAUUAUCAACCACCCAAAGAUUAUAUUCCCACAAUGACAAAACCUAUACUGGAUUUAUCUUAUGAUGAUGAUGAAAAUAAUAAAUUACUUGGGCCUUCUCGUCUCAUUGUUCCAUUCGUUGCGUGCGGUGAUGCAAGUGGAUUUGAUUCGGAUCAAACAUAUCCGCUUGAGGAAAAGAGCCUCGAUCCGCUACAACCACCAAUAAGUGCACCAUAUCGCACUGCGAUCGCAUUAAAACAACAAAACUUUUAUAACAAGAUUCCAUCCUAG